AGGGGAAUAUAACGUUUCUUUUAUAACAAUACGCGGAUAUAUGUGGAAAAUUACUGUGUUUGCUAUGUAGGGGUGUUCAAAUUCUGUCUCUGCGCUUUCAACAAGUAGGCUCUAAUAUUAAUAAUCAUGUCUGUGUAUUACUUGACUAUGAUGAAUGCAGUCUGGGCUGUCGAUUGUGUAAUGGAGUUGAGGUGAGAAUGGCACUUUCUCAGUCAAAAUCAACCAAAAUGGGAAAGUCGAGACUGUUCCGCAUUUUUAUGAUUGUGGGCGCCGUCUUCAUGAUCCUUCUUAUAAUCAUAUACUGGGAUGAUGUGGGGGCCUCUAAUUUUUACCUGCACACAACUAUCUCCGGGCCCCAUCCGUCGCGACUCUCUCCGCAGAGCCGUCGUGACCCCCAAAAGAAAGUAGAGGAAGACAAAGAGGGCUCUUUUUUGACGGACAUUGAUGCUUUUGUCAACCAGUUUUUAGAAGGAACCGCAGACCCCACGGAACAGGUGAGAGGAGAACCGCCCCCUGGAGACCCUCACAAUCAGUCCUCUGAGAAAUCGGAGGAGAAAUUUGUCCCAAGACGAGAGUGGAAGAUCCAUCUGACACCAAUUGACCCUGAGAAAAAACAAAAGCAGGAGAGCAGAAAGCAGCUAAUCCAAGAUGUGUGCAGUAACAAAAAUUACUUUGACUUUCCCGGAAAGAACAGGACUUUUGACGACAUACCCAAUAAAGAGUUGGAUCACCUCAUCGUGGACGACAGGCAUGGGAUUAUUUACUGCUAUGUUCCCAAAGUGGCCUGCACAAACUGGAAGCGCAUCAUGAUCGUGUUGAGCGAGAGCCUGUUAGUGGACGGCGUGCCCUACCAAGACCCUUUAGAUGUUCCUCAGGAGCUCAUCCAUAACAGUAGCCUGCACUUCACCUUCAACAAGUUCUGGAAGCGCUAUGGAAAGUUCUCACGGCACCUCAUGAAAAUCAAGCUUAAGAAAUACACCAAGUUUUUGUUCGUCAGGGAUCCUUUCGUGCGACUGAUCUCUGCCUAUCGCAACAAAUUCGAACAAGAGAACGAGGACUUCUACAAAAGAUUUGCGGUCACCAUGUUGAGAAAAUACAGCAAUUACACGGAUCCACCGACAUCGGUCGUGGACGCCUUCGCUGCUGGGAUUCGACCGUCUUUCUCGAAUUUCGUCCAGUAUCUAUUGGAUGCUAGCACUGAGAAAGAGAUGCCUUUCAACGAGCACUGGAGACAAAUGCACCGUCUGUGCCAUCCCUGCCAGAUAAAUUAUGAUUUCGUGGGGAAGCUGGAGACCUUGGAUGAGGACGCUGAGCAUUUGUUGCGGAUUCUCCGCGUUGACAAUGUUGUCGAGUUCCCGCAAAGUCAUCGUAACCGAACGGUCAGCAGUUGGGAGCAGGACUGGUUCGCCAACAUACCGUUGGAGUCCAGAAAAGAGCUGUACAGGCUGUAUGAAGCCGACUUUAAACUGUUUGGAUAUUCCAAACCAGAGAAGCUGUUACACGAUUGAUACGCUGAUCGCCAACUUCACUGAGGUGCUGACAAGAUUUUCACAGCACAAUAAACAGGGCAAUAGGAGUUCCUGCUGCUUGGUUCUUAAUGUGCGGCUCUUUCACAUGAUGCUGUUUAUAAAGGCCCUUUCACAUGACUAGCAUUCAGUGGGUCAAUGUUUGGCUAGUUGGUCCAGUAGGUAGAUACCGUGAUUUAAUUAUCUGCUUUCAAAAAGCAUCUUUCUCCAUUGACAGCUAAAAGUACGUCGCCCACACAUGACAUCAGUAGAAAAAAAAUGAAGAAUUUGUCUCCACAACUUAAUUUGUUCCCUCAUUUUGGUUAAAUUGUGGCCAUGUUGUACUAAUUUGUUCCCUUGUUCAAUUGUGGCCACGACUGAACCAAAUUAAAAUGAGGGAACGAAUUAGUUAGCCAUGAUUGAAUUAAUACAUGGCCAUGAUUUAACUAAAUUAAAAUGAGGAAUAAAUUCAUGUACAAUAACCAUGAUUUAGUUCAAUUAAAAUGAGCGAAUAAUUUAAUACAAAGUAGCCACACUUAAUAAAUAAAACAAGUGAAUGAAUUUGUACACCAUGGCCAUGAUUUAAAUAAAAUGAGGGGACGAAUGAGUACAACAUGGCCACAAAUUAAUAAGUUGAGGGAAUGAUUUUUUUUACUUUGUGGCCAUGAUAUCUAUUUUUUUCUUCCACAUGUCACGUACAUACAAAAAUAUUUGUGAAUUGCAAAUAUUAUAGUGGAUGUUUUUAGCAGUGCCUGUUUGUUUUUUUCAAAAUUUAGAUUUUGAGUGCUCUUAAAAGCAUAAUAUAUAUUUUUCCUGGGCUGCUGCCUUUUUCCUCAUAGCUCAUGAUAGUCACUAGAGAAAGGUUUGAUGCACUCAGCCAAUCGGCAUUGCCAUGAUCUUACAGCUCAGGUAAUUGGCUAAAAACAUGCUGUAAGUAAAGAUGACCAAUAAAUCAUGGAAAAAGCAUGACAUGCAUUGCUGACCGUGUCAGUGGCACUUUGAAUAGAUCAGUGAUAAAUGGUGCAGCAAACUUAAUUUUGGUGUUGCGUUAAUGUUUACUCUGUCCUGAGGGUAAUGUUGAGUCAUGUGAAAGAGCCUUUAGGCCUUUAUGGAGCUUGUGGGCAUUGAAAGUAAUACUGUAGUGAAUAUACAUUCCUUGCACACAGGUUACAUUUCCUCAGUCCAUUUCCCAGUACCCCAUUAAAUGUGUUACUGUUAUUUGUAUGGACCUCAUGGACAAUGUGAGAGACAUUUUGAUGGUUACCUACUCAAAGAAGCCUGCACAAUUUUUUUUUUUUUUUUUUUUAUAUUCUCAACAGUGUUUUAAAAACAAACUCAUCACCUCAUUAGUAUUAUUCUUAUAAUGUGGAUGGAUGUGAUAAUCCCGGCAAGAGACCCUUUUCCCUCAAUUUUAAGUUGUAUAGUUGUAUGUUUUACCUAAAGAACCACCAAACUAAAAUAUCACGAGACAUUUUCAAAAAUUAUUGUACAUUUAGCGAGUGCACAUAUUAGAGUAUUUUAGAAUAUUUUUGUAACCUUUUACAGUUAAAUGUGAAAAGUGAAGGCACUUUUGUCCUUGGAAAAAAGCUACAUAAUAUUUUGAAAUGCAAGCAAAAGUUUUACAGUUUUUUUUUUUUUCAAGGGAUCACUGCUCUUACAGCAGUUUCUUUUCUUUUCUUUUCUUUAAGAUGGCACGUUUUUUUAAACACAGAAACCUCAGUUUUUAUGCUUCCAUGGAUAUAUAUUUUUUUCAACCUUUUAAAGUAGUUCAUGGUCCUUUAUUGCACAGAAUUGCCAGUGUUCUGCAGUGAAGCAAGUAAAUGGAGUAAAUGACAUCAAAAAGAUAUUUCUUUGUAACCGAGGCUGGAGUAUUCAUAUUAUGGCCUGUUCUUGUCAAGCAAAUCUUGCCUUUCAUCAUUUUGGUCCUUUUAUUCUGUUAGUGUGUAGCAGGGACUGGAUGAGCCCUCAGAUCUGCAGCAUGCUAUAGAUGUUAGCAUGUGUGCCUUGCAGUCCUUCAUAAAUAUGCAUCACUCGUGAAUAUUGUAGCAAACUUACCGUUCUUUUGCUCUUUUAGGCUUAGAGGGUAAAAUAAUGGCCUUGUUUGGAUAUUGGCCUUGUUAGGCAUAUAAUUGCAGGCACAGGGUAUUUAUUUCUUACUUAGCAAGAGUUAUUUGGUGUAAUUGCUUUAGACCGUUGAAGCACAAAUGUCAGUAUUGUUUAUAGUUCCUCAUCUAGUCGCGUGUCGAACAUGGGCAUGUGCAAAAGAAAUAUAUAAGGGUUUAUUAGGGUUAUUUUUUUUCUUUACCAAGAAAGUGUUUCCUUUACUUUCCAUCAUGUUUUUGUGCCGCAUUUUGCACAUUUGAUCACAUGUAUAAAAUCGAUCUCUAAGGCAGUGAGAGAUAAGAGGAUGGAAGAAAGUGGAUUUGAUUGUAUGUUGUAUUAGGGAGUAAUACUGUGGAGCACAAGUGUAGCAUGAUUGUUGUGGAAGUGACGGGCCAGAGGGAACGGGACGUCCCAGUUCAGGGGAAGCCACGAUUCAGAUUUACCGCACUGUUGGGCUCAUUAGGUAGCAGUGCCUUUGGAGAAAAGUUUACAUUAAAAAAAGUAUUUUUGUAAGCGAGUCUCUGACUUGCAGUUAAAACAAUCAAAGAAAAAAAAAAAAGUGUACUUGUGCUUAUGUGUUGCAUCAUGGAAAAGAUCAGAUUUGUAGCCACAAUUCCGACUGUGCUGUUGAGAUUUGUCAGAUCAGCUCCAACUUUUCCUAUUUCGUAAACCUUAAGUUCUGUUAUGUGUGCAGUUGCCUAUGCUGUUGAUUUCUUUUUCAAGAUGAGGACGUGUUUUGUAUACAUUUGGUGCCACGUUGUACAAAGAAAGGUGUUAUAUUGUUUAGUGAUUGUUUUGAUGCCAAUAUUAAGAAAAAAAGUUAUUUUUUUGUUUGUUUUUUUUACCUGGCGUACUUUUCAGUCAUAGGAAUUUCUUAGUUGCAUGACGUAUUUUCAGGAAAUCAUGCUGAGAACAAAAAGGGAAACAUUUGUUACAUUAAAUCAGGUCUUAGCAAGUGUGUUCUUGACAUUUGGUUUGGUUUGCUUUUUUUCCCUUUGGGCAAUGUACAUAGCUCUUCUUUUAUUUAUUAUGGUAUUAUUUAAUGCUUCAAUUUCAAAAGAAAAAGUUCAAUAAAGUUCAAUGCAUGGUGCAAACACUGUAAAAUUGAUAUCUGCUCUUUAUUUGCUUUACGGAAAUGCUGUUCCAUUUCUAAAAGAACCAUGUUUAUUCAGUAA